UCUGAUGUACGAUUUCAUAUUAUUAACUAAUGCCAUAUAUGUACAUAAUAUAUCUAUAUAUAAAAUCACAAUAUAUAGAUAUAUAUGAUAUUAUAACGUACUGUUUAUAAAAAAUUUGUCAGAACUAUGUGUCUACAUAUUACUUCAUUUAUGCUACAUAUUAUACUGUAAUACAUCAUACAUUAAAUGUUGUCUUGAUUUCAAAAUUGCUGUAGACUUUUUGUGAACGGUAACAACUUCGUAAAUUGUUCAGUAUAAGAGCUUGAUUGCAAUUUUGAAAUCAUGAAUCCUUUUAAUUCUAUAUAAGUUAUUGCUUAAUCAUAAUAAUUUCUUUUGCUUUUUUCUGCAGAUCAUUUUCUUCCUUUUUUAAAAAAAGUAUUAUUCAACCAAUAAAUUUAGUGCAUUAACAAAGUAAUUUUUUAUAUUUUAUAAAUAUAAAAAUAUAUAUAAAAAAAGAAGUAUAAAAAACCAAAUAAUAUAAUAAUGACUAAAAAAUUAACUGCAACGUCACGUUUAAAACAAGAUUAUCUACGUUUUAAAAAAGAUCCUGUACCAUAUAUUUAUGCUGAACCAUUACCAUCUAAUAUGCUAGAAUGGCAUUAUGUUGUUAAAGGUCCAGAGGAUUCACCAUAUUUUGGUGGAUAUUAUCAUGGAACAUUAUUAUUUCCCAGCGAAUACCCAUUUAAACCGCCAUCAAUUUAUAUGUUUACGCCAAAUGGAAGGUUCAAAACUAAUACAAGACUAUGCCUUAGUAUAUCGGAUUUUCAUCCUGACACGUGGAAUCCAGCGUGGUCUGUUGCAACCAUUUUAACAGGUUUGCUCAGUUUCAUGCUUGAAUCUACUCCAACCUUAGGAUCAACCGUAUCGUCGCCAUAUGAAAAAAAAGUGUACGCUAGAAAAUCAUUAACAUUCAACUUAAAAAAUUCAAAUUUUCGUGAACUAUUUCCUAAUAUUGUCGAUGAAAUAAAAGAAUUAUUAUUAUUAGAACAACAAAGGCAAAAUAAUAUCAAUAAUAAUACGAAUAACAAAAAUAAUAAUAAUAAUAAUAAUUUAUAUUUAGAUAAUAAUAAUCAACAAAAUUCAAAUAGUAAAAAUAACAAAAAUGAUAAUCCAAGAAAUAAUAAUAAUAAUAAUAUUAAAAGCAAUAAUAAAAAUAUAACAGAUAUAAUACCAAUUAAUAAUUCAUUAAACAAUAUAAAUGAAAGCAAUAAGGGUGAUAAUAAUUUAAAUAAUAAUAUUAAUAAUAAAAUUAAUUCUGAAUUCUAUAAUUGGCAAUCUGUAUGUUCUAAUGUAAUUAUAAUACUUAGCUUUGCUAUUUUUGCUCUAAUUGUAAAUUAUAUUUUGAAAAGUUUAAAUCAGGAGUAAAUUUUAAAACAUGUAUAAAAAAAAGAAAAGAUUUAGUUUUAAUUUGUAAAAUUUUUUUCCCUUAAAUGAAAAUUGUAAGUUACUGAAAAAUUACAUCUUUUUUUUCAUAUUGCCUAAUUAAAUUUGUUCCUUUUUGUUUUAUUCUUAUUUUUAUGUUGUAAUUAUCGUCAUCUAGAUAUUAACAAUUUAAUUACAAUUUAAUUUAUGCUCCUCAAUUAUUAAUAUUUUUUUAGGCAAAAUUUUAAAAUAAAAUGUUCAAGCUUUUUUAUAGUAAUAUUAAUCAAAAAGAGCAAACAUUUUUGUAGUAAUAUUAAUCUAUUAAUUAUCAAAUUUUUGUAUUUAUAUAUACUAUAUAUAUAUAUAUAUAUAAUGUAACAUGAUUACUGAUGUAAGAUUUUUUGAUUAACAUUUUAUGUUACCCUAACCUGUAAAUUCAAAAACAUAAAAAAAUUUAUAUGAAAUUUAAUAUCUAUGUGAUGACAUUCCUAUAAAAUCAUAAUGUUAUUUCAAAUAUUUUUUAUAUCUAUUAUUUCCUAUAAAAUUAUAAUAUUACUUAUAAUAUGUAUGUAUCUAUCUAUAUAUACAUAAUUAUUUACUUUUAAUAUUAUUUCAUAUUAUAAAAAUAAAAUAAUUACUUUUAAUAUGUUUCA